UCUGGGGGAAAAGUGAGUACAGGACGCAGAGGGGAGAGGAUUCGGCUUUGGCAAGGAGGAACUGCGAGGCCUGGAGGGCUAGCAAGGACUGUUGGGAGUGAAAUUGGCUGCUUAGCGCAGCGGCUUGGCAAUAAAUUUUGUCUGGAUUUCUUUCCUGCCCAGUUCAAAGUUCCUGGGGCUGUGCGGAUGGUUGGACAUCGAAAUAUGCCGUUUUAAGGGACUGACGCUGAUCCCUAGAGAUAGAAGAUUUCUUCUAGACCUCAGCAGUCAUGCCUCCCAACAAGGAUGCCUCGGGCUGUCUUGGCUCACCUCCAGGUUUGAUCUGCUUGCCACCCAUAUCUGAGGAUCUCCAGUUGGUGUGGACUCAGGCAGCACAAACCAGUGAUCUCGAUGGCAACCAGCACCUGUUGCAAACCUUCAGCUACUUCCCCUACCCCAGCCUUUCCGAUCUGGCCUUGCUCUGCCUGCGUCAUGGCCUGCACAUGGAGAAAGUCAAGGCCUGGUUCAUGGCACAACGCCUUCGCUGUGGCAUUAGCUGGAGCGCUGAGGAGAUUGAAGAGACUCGUGCACGGCUCAUCUACCAUCAGGAUCAGCUUCAUUUUAGUUGCCUGCUUGCUGGGACUGAUGUUGACUGCUGGCACCAAUCUUGUAAAAACCAGGAGUACCAGCAACCGUUGUCUGCCUCUGUGUACUACUCAAAUAAAUAUCCAGAGAACCAGCAGUCGUCUAUAGAUUCCUACGCAAAUAAAUAUCUAGUGAACCCGCCGUCUUCUAUAGAUUCCUUAAAUCACUGCAGCACAGCCCAAGGAAAAGAAGACCUUGGGAGAAUCACUCAGGAUAUUUGGAAACUGAAGGGAAAUGCCUUGUCCCACCAUAGCAAAGCUCAGGAGAACUGUGAACCUUCAAGGACCUCUGUGCAUCUCCACAGUACCAAAGAGACACCAUCUGGCGCUUACCUACUCACUACGCCUGCCAGUCAGGGUCAUAAGAUUGAGAACGCUCACACAGUAGCGUGGGGACUCCCUGCACACUCCACUCAGCUACCAGAGCCUGUUGUGUCUACAGUAAAUGGUGGGCAUCACCCAGUGGUUCUUCCAGCUGGUUCCUCUGUCAAAGCUACCCCAUCGUCAACUACAACUACAGCUACAACCAGUGUUAUUGAGUCAUGCAACCUUCAGAACUAUCAGUACACUAUGGGUGACCAGCAGCAUUCUUCAGGUUGCAUCUCAGACGUUCUUCGCAAACCUAGGCGAAAGACAAAGGAACAGUUGGAUGUGUUAAAGUCUUUCUUCCUUCAUCACCAGUGGGCCAGAAGAGAAGAUUAUCACCAUCUGGAGAAGAUAACUGGGCUACCGCGGGCCGAGAUUAUCCAAUGGUUUGGAGACACUCGCUAUGCCCUUAAACAUGGUCAACUGAAAUGGUUUCGGGACAAUGCAGGGCAGAGUCCACAGCCUGUCUCUUCCCUGCCUCCUCAUCCACUUCACAGCAACCAUCCAGACACAAGUCCACUGGAGCGCUACUGGGCAACCCAUCUACAACUUCAGGAGAAUGAUAUACCAACACUCUGUCAUGAGUCAGGUAUGGAUGUUGAUCAAGUGUUAAAGUGGUUCAGUUCACAUUCACCUGCACCAUGUGAAGUAGAAGUAUGCUUGGGGGAUGAGGAUGAAGUAGAUGAUGAGGUGGCAGCACAUAUGAUAAAAGAGAAUUAUGAAGACUAUGAAGAGGAGGAGGAAGAAGAUGAUGAUGAUGAUGAUGAUAACAAUGAUGAUGACGAUGAAGAUUGGGUUGCCUAGGGCUCUUCUGUGGAUACUAGAGAUUCUGGGGUUUGUGGAUGGGUCUCAGGGAUGGAUCAAGAAGAUAAAUAAAUAUGAAAAGAAGUUGAGAGUGAGGUCCCUACUUCAUUAGGCUCCUGCCAUUCUCAUUGCUCCACACUGGGGGACCUUUCAUGUUCUAGAAUGUGCUUAUCUUUUUCCUGUGUUUCAAAUUUUAAGUUAAAAGAGUUGUCCUGUCCCUGUUAUUCAGUGAUUAUGUCUUCAGUCAUAGAGUUAAAAAGAUACUGGAAAUGGAGCUCUCAGUAUCCUUUCGUAUUCCAGAGACUAUAGCAUGAACCCUGUUGGUAGUCUGCUAGAUCUGGAAGGUUUUAUUUUAUUUAGCUUUCAAGUUGAUACCUGUUCAUUGUGCUGAUAGAUUCCAGAUUUGCUUUCUACUUCUAGAAUCCUAUUAAAUAUUCAAAUUUUGCUGUUCUUGAAUUUUAAAGCUGGUACUCCUGCUUUUCAUUUAUAAUUCGAUAGUUCCCCUAAUUACCAUAAUUGCAUAGUCUCAGAUUCAAGUCUUUCUAGGCAUCCUUGUGACUUCUUAUGUUUCUACUUCUAUUGUAAUACCCUUUUCAGUCACCAUGCAAAAAUUGGCUGCUCUAAGGUCAGUUUAUUUCAUUCUAUUUAAGAAAUACGAUUUGCUUCUCAAAGUAAAAAUUCUUUGUACUUUAUUUUUAUAAAUGUAAAAGUGUUUUGCAAAAAACCAGAGGAGAAAGAUAUCACCUUUCCAACCUUUUCAGUUCUAAGCCAUUCUUUU